AUGCCGGACAACACAUCCGCGCCGCAGCGGCCGCAGCGGUCGCAUCGUCGUCCACCGCUCACCACCACGCUUUCGCUUCUCCUAGCGCUGGCGGUCGCCUUGCUCGCCCUGGCAGCACCAGCAUCCGCACUCGAACUGCGUGCAACCAACGUGCGCGGCACGGCACCUAGUCUCGAGAGGCGAUACCUGCAGACAUAUCGCUCCAUAUUCUCCAACUCAUCCAUCGGAGACCGACCGCCCAACUGUCCUCCCUGCCCCGAACCCGACUGCUUCAACUGCCAGCUGCCCGCGUACGAAUGCUACCAGUUCGGCGAGUGCAACGAAUACGACGGCCUCUGCCGCUGCCCCGUCGGCUUUGGUGGGCCCGACUGUCUCUCGCCACUGUGCGGCUCGCCCGCCGACGGCUCCAAGCGCUUUCCCAAGGGCGAACCGGGCGACGACAAGUCCUGCCAGUGCUCCGACGGCUGGGACGGCCUCAACUGCAACGUCUGCCGAAACGACGCAGCGUGCGCCAACUUCCUGCUCGGCGGCGAACGUCUGGGCGAGAACGGCACGUGCUACGAUGGCGGCGCUACCAUCCAGCAGAGCUUCCAGCAGUGCGACGUGACCAACCAAAAGAUCGUCGACAUGCUCCCCGGCCGCCCCCCCCAGGUGACGUUCAGCUGCGACAAGAGCGAUGCAUCCUGCAACUUUCAGUUCUGGAUCGGCGCGCGCGAGUCCUUCUACUGCGGCCUCGACGACUGUCAAGAGUCGAUCGAAAUCGGCGCGUCGUCCAACAAGACGUCGUACGACUGCAAAAAGGUGGCGUGCAAGUGCAUCCCCGAUCGCAUGCUCUGCGGCGAGUCCGGCAGCAUCGACAUCUCGGACUUCCUCACCGAAGAGAUCAAAGGCCCCGGCAAGAUGUCGUGCAAGACCGAUGCGGACGGCGUGCGCAAGUGCCGUUUCGAAGAACCGGGCAUGAACGGCCUCAUCUCGGACGUCUUUGGCGACGAGGCCAUCUUCAUUACGUGCAAGUCGGGCGAGUGCAUCCACUUUAGCCAGGUGCCCGGCUACCAGGCUCCCAUUGCGCCCGAGCGACCCGUGACAUGGGUGGUCAUCAGCGCCGUCGCCGCCAUCCUCAUCGUCGUCGUCUCCGUCAGCCUGCUCUGGAUGCUCGGCAGACACUACAAGGACGACGAGGUGCGCCUCGGCAGCGUCCGCCUGCCCCAAGAGGAGGCCGACCUCAUGAAGGACCACAUCCCCGCCGCGCUCCACUGGGAGGACGUCAGCUACCGCAUCGGCUCCAAGGCGCUGCUCGACGGCAUCAGCGGCUGCGUCAAGCCCGGCGAGGUCAUGGCCAUCGUAGGUGCGAGCGGCGCGGGCAAGACGACGUUCCUCGACAUCCUCGCGCGCAGGGACAAGCGCGGCACCACCUCGGGCACCGUGCUCGUCAAUGGCCGCAAGAUGGCCGACCAAGAGUACAAGCGCGUCGUCGGCUUUGUCGACCAGGAGGACCUGCUCAUGGAGACGCUCACCGUCUACGAGACCGUGCUGUACUCGGCGCUCCUCCGCCUGCCCAGGGACAUGUCGCUCGAGGCGAAGAAGUUCCGCACGCUCGAGACCAUGCAGGAGCUCGGCAUCCUCGGCAUUCGCGACAGCCGCAUCGGCGGCUCCGGCUUUACGGCAGGCGGCAGCAAGGAGGGCCGGGGUAUCAGUGGCGGCGAGAAGCGCAGAGUGUCGAUCGCAUGCGAGCUCGUCACCAGCCCCAGCAUCCUCUUCUGCGACGAGCCCACCUCGGGACUGGAUGCGUACAAUGCCUACAACGUCGUGCAGUCGCUCGUCACGCUCGCAAAGACGUACAAGCGCACGGUCAUCUUCUCCAUCCACCAGCCGCGCUCCAACAUCGUGGCGCUGUUCGACAAGCUGCUGCUGCUGGCCGAGGGCCGCGUGGUGUUCUCGGGCCCCUUCGCACGCUGCAGCGACUACUUCGCCGACGUCGGGCACGCCUGUCCGCCAGGAUUCAACAUUGCCGAUUUCCUGAUCGACCUCACUGCGCGCCGCACGCAUAGUGAUGGUGAGGAGAAUGGCGUGGAUGUCGAGGGCGGGGCGCAUGUGCGCGGCGAGACGAGCAUUGUGACGACGGGCACCAACUCGCGGGACGAAUCCACCGAGCUGCGCACACGGCCCAACUCGAUCGCCGAGGGCAGCACGGGCAACAGGGUGCGCAAGCGCACGAGCCGGUUGGCGAGUGGACUGCGCGGUGCAUUUGCCAACGGCGAGUCGAACGGCCACGACAUUUGGAUGCCCGCGCUGAGCAGCGGCAAGCUGGUCCACCUCGUCAACGCUUUUGCCGACUCGGACAUGGCGAGCGACACCAAGGCGGAGCUCGAUGCGUUCCUGGGCCGAACUGCACAGGGCGUGCAGAACGAUCUGCCGGACGUGGCGAAUGACGGGGCGCUGCUGCGAACCUACAAGAAGGCCUCGCUAUGGACGCAGUUUACGAUCCUGUCGGGACGUGCGUUUAAGAACCUCUACCGCGACCCGAUUCUGAUGGUGGCGCACUUUGGGCUGGCGAUUGUGCUGGCGCUCUUCUGUGGCGUCCUGUACCACGGCGUGACGAACGACAUUAGCGGGUUCCAGAACCGGCUGGGGCUGUUCUUCUUUAUCCUGGCGCUGUUCGGCUUUUCGUGUCUGACGUCGUUGGGCGUGUUUGCCAACGAGCGUGCGCUGUUUGUGCGCGAACGCAGCAACGGCUACUACACGCCGCUGACGUACUUUACCAGCAAGCUGCUGUUCGACAUUGUGCCGCUGCGGGUGGUUCCGCCGUUGCUGUUCGGGGGGUGCGUUUACUUUUUGGUCGGGUUGGUACCGGGAGUGGCCGAGUUUUGGAAGUUCAUCCUUACGCUCGUGCUCUUCUCCCUCGCUGCGUCCUCGGCGGUGUUUUUGAUUUCGAUUGCGAUUGCGGAUACGGGGCUGGCGAAUCUGGUGGGGUCGUUGACCAUGCUGUUCUCACUGCUGUUUGCAGGGUUGCUGAUCAAUCGCGAUCGCAUCCCGUACGGGCUCAAAUGGUUGCAGCAUCUGUCGUUCUUCCAUGCGGCAUACGAAGCGUUGAUCGUCAACGAACUGCGCAAUCUUAGCCUCAAGGAACACAAGUACGGCAUCGACAUCGAAGUGCCGGCGGCAAGCAUCAUCAGCUCGUUCGGAUUCAACUCCCAGGCCUUCUGGUUCCCGGACAUCGCCACACUAGCCGCCCUCUUUGUCACCUUCACCACUCUCAGCGCCGUCACACUGGUCGUAUUCGUGCGCGAGCGCAAGUAA